GAGAAUCUGAAAGGGGAAAUAUAAGGCUGCCCAUCAGAAAUGGCCACAACACCUUAAACUAAUAUAAGCUCUGAAUUUGUAUCAUCAUAUCCCUGUGGAGAUGUACUCUCACUCUCUCCCAUCUUCCUUCUUCAACUCCACAAAGCAUUGCACUCUCAUCACCAACUCACUGCCCACCGCACCCUUCUCAACAGUAGUCUCGCCGUCAGUCCACACUGGCUGCAGCACGCCGAAGAUUUGCAGUUCCGGAUCUCCGGCGAGGGAGGAACAGCGGCGGCCAGUUGUGCUGGGGAGGAGAGAGGCGAUUGGGGUGUUAGGAUUGUGUUUGGGGGCUGUUGGAUUGCGGCAAUCCGCAGCUGCUGAAGAAACAACGUCGGCGUGUGAGUUCACGGCCGCGCCUUCUGGGCUUGCCUAUUGCGAUAAGGUUUUGGGGUUUGGUCCUCAGGCUGAAAAAGGCCAGCUCAUUAAGGCACACUAUACAGGUAAGUUGGAGAAUGGGAAGGUCUUUGACAGCAGCUACAACCGGGGGAAGCCUCUCACGUUUCGCGUUGGUGUUGGUGAGGUCAUUAAAGGCUGGGAUCAGGGAAUUCUAGGAGGUGAUGGUAUUCCUCCCAUGUUAGCUGGAGGAAAACGUAAACUGAAGAUUCCUCCUGAGCUUGGAUAUGGAAUGCGAGGGGCUGGCUGUAGAGGAGGUUCAUGCAUUAUUCCGCCUGAUUCAGUUCUUUUGUUUGAUGUCGAGUUCGUUGGCAAAGCUUGAUAUAUAGUUGAGAAAGUAUGGUGGUCCAGAAACCCACAGAUUCAUUAGAAGAUCAAUCAGGUUGUCUGUGCCUAUUAUGGUUCUAAACCUUCAAUCUUUCUGUACUCUGGCCAAAAACCUAAAAAGUUUAUUAAAAGAACUUGUCACAAUACAUUUUUCUAAAGAAAAUAGUGUAUAAUGAUAUUAUAUAUAACAAUGACCAAAACAUUUGAGAGGGGACAACUUUAUUGUGAUUCUGAUUUUAUACAAAUUUUAUAAUUAGAAAUCAUAACAAUAAUAAU